CCCCAAACAACGUUGAACCAAAACCACAAUAAAUCCCAUUCUACUUCCCUCAACCCUGCACUCAUCCCGAUCUUCAGCAUCCCCCACUCACCAUGGCCACCGAAACCACGACCACAGCGGCACUUUGCUCCCAAGAAACCGACAUAAUCUCAACCACCCUCACAUUCUGGAAAAAUCUGACUUCCCCGCCAGCUCCUCUUGAUUUCACUCAGCCCGGGACGGAAAAGAUCUUCGACGACCUCAAUAAACUAAACGAAACCGUGCCCAUCAUGAUUCACGACAUUCGCGGCUGCGAGUCCAACUUUAGCUUGGAGAAGAAUGGAUUCCAAUACGUCGACCACGACAUCCCAGGGCUGGAGAAAUGUAAGACAGAUGAUGAGAUUCGGGAAGUUUUAAUUCCUGCGACGGAAGAGCUAGUGAAAAAGAUUACCGGCGCCUACAGAACCCUCGUCUUCACCCACCGAAUCCGCAACCUCGCCUCUGACACCUCCAAACGCGCCGACAAUCGAGCUCCGGCGCACAGCGUCCACACGGACUUCACCUCAGCCGGCGCGCUCCAGCACCUCUCGACCGUCAUCAAAGACCCUGACACCCUUACCUCGCUUACAAAUCCCAAUAUCCGUGUCUUAGCCAUCAACGUCUGGCGGCCUUUGAAGCGCAUUCAAAAAGACCCUCUCGCAAUCUGCGACUGGAGAUCCUUCAAUCCCUCUUGUAUCAUUCCCAAUCGCAUGAUUUUUCCUGGGGGUUUUUGGAACGAGCUGGGAAAGGUUAAAUAUGAGGCGGGACAGAAGUGGUAUACGUUGAAGGGACAGAUGCCGAGUGAGCCGGUAGUGUUUAAACAGUUUGAUAGUAGGGUGCCUGAGGGGGGCAUGACGGUGCCGCAUUCAGCGUUUGUGGAUCCUGAGUGGGUGGAUAAGGAGGCGAGGGAGAGCGUUGAGAUUAAAAUGUUUGCUUUUGUGGAGGAGUAGGUGUUGAGGGGCCCCGGGAUGGGGAGUGGUGCAAGAAAUUUCGAAGUGCUUUGCACGCGGAAUGGGUGG